ACGCAGGGCGAGUUCCGGGGAGUCAGGUUUGCGGAUGGCCGCGAGGUGUGCGUGAGCUCGGCUGCGGUGAGCGCCAGGAGGCGGAACCACGCGAGAAGGCCGCGGCUCUCCGCAUCCUCAUCGGCGCGGGGCCGAAGCGAGACCGGAGAUCCGCCGGCUCGGGACCGGGCCUCCUGCCCAGGCCGGCUCCUCCGCGCAACUCCCGCCGCCGGCCCGAGGUGCGCCGGGUGGCUCACGGUGACAGCGGCGCUAAGCCAUCCCUUUCUGUGCGUCCUUUCACUCACCUUCACAGCAGCCCAGUGAGGGGACUGUAGACUGGCACAUCCUCUACCAGUAAUGGGAACUGAUCCUCCGUGGUGGUGCUGAAUCUCUAAAUAUGAUUCGAAUUGCAGCCUUAAAUGCCAGCUCCACAAUUGAGGAUGACCAUGAAGGAAGCUUUAAGAGCCACAAAAUCCAGACAAAGGAGGCCCAGGAAGCAGAGGCUUUUGCUUUAUACCACAAGGCCUUGGAUCUACAGAAACAUGACAGGUUUGAGGAGUCUGCCAAGGCCUACCAUGAGCUCCUGGAGGCGCGCCUGCUGCGGGAGGCAGUUUCUUCCGGAGAUGAGAAGGAAGGGUUGAAACACCCUGGACUGAUACUGAAAUAUUCUACAUAUAAGAACCUGGCCCAGCUGGCAGCCCAACGAGAAGAUCUAGAGACAGCCAUGGAAUUCUAUUUGGAGGCAGUGAUGCUGGACUCCACAGACGUCAACCUCUGGUACAAAAUUGGACACGUGGCACUGAGGCUCAUCCGGCUUCCCCUGGCUCGCCAUGCUUUUGAGGAAGGACUUCGAUGUAAUCCUGACCACUGGCCCUGCUUGGACAAUCUCAUCACUGUUUUGUACACCCUCAGUGAUUACACAACAUGUCUCUACGUCAUCUGCAAAGCACUGGAGAAAGACUGCCGAUACAGCAAAGGUCUGGUCCUCAAGGAGAAGAUUUUUGAAGAGCAGCCUUGUCUCCGGAAGGACUCACUUCGAAUGUUCCUCAAAUGUGACAUGUCAAUUCACGAUGUGUCUGUGAGUGCAGCGGAGACACAAGCCAUUGUAGAUGAGGCUCUGGGGCUGAGGAAGAAGAGGCAAGCGUUGAUCGUGCGGGAGAAGGAACCGGACCUGAAACUAGUGCAACCCAUUCCUUUCUUCACGUGGAAGUGCCUUGGAGAGAGCUUGCUGGCCAUGUACAAUCACCUCACCACUUGUGAACCCCCAAGGCCCAGCCUUGGCAAGAGGAUUGACCUGUCUGACUACCAGGACCCUAGCCAGCUGCUAGCAUCAUCUGUAGUGGUUACACCUGUCAGUGUGGUCCAGCCAAGUCCUGUUAGCACCAACCCAACUGUCGCUGUGGCUGAGCCUGUGCUGUCCUAUACGUCUGUGACCACAGCCAGCUUCCCACUGCACAGUCCUGGUCUGCUGGACACAAAUGCUCCCAUGGGUGAUGUUUCUGGGGGAGAUAAAUCUAAGAAAGGUGUAAAGCGUAAGAAGACUUUAGAAGAGAGUGGAGAGACAGCAAAGCGGAGGUCCGCCCGUGUCCGAAACACCAAGUGCAAAAAGGAAGAGAAAGUGGAUUUCCAGGGGCUUCUGGUAAAGUUCCUGCCGUCCAGGUUAAGAAAACUGGACCCUGAGGAGGAAGAUGACCCUUUUAAUAACUAUGAAGUUCAGUCAGAAGCUAAGCUGGAGAACUUCUCAAAUGUGGGGCCUCACCGACUGUCCUUUGAUUCAGCCACAUUCAUGGAAUCUGAGAAGCAGGAUGUGCAUGAGUUCCUGAUGGAGAACUUGACCAAUGGGGGCAUCCUAGAGCUGAUGAUGCGCUAUCUGAAGAGCAUGGGCCACAAAUUCUUGCUGCGGUGGCCCCCAGGCCUGGCAGAUGUCGUUCUUAGCGUCUACCACAGCUGGAGGAGGCAUAGCACCAGCCUGCCCAACCCGUUGCUGAGGGACUGCAGCAACAAGCACAUCAAGGACAUGAUGCUAAUGUCUCUCUCCUGCAUGGAGCUCCAGCUGGACCAGUGGCUGCUGACCAAAGGCCGAAGCUCGACAGUGUCCCCCCGGAACUGCCCUGCUGGUGUGGUGACAGGUAGGUUUGGGCCUGACUUCCCAGGAACCCACUGCCUGGGUGAUCUCCUGCAGCUGUCAUUCGCCUCGUCUCAGCGGGACCUCUUUGAGGAUGGCUGGCUGGAGUUUGUUGUCCGCGUGUACUGGCUGAAAGCGCGAUUCUUGGCGCUGCAGGGAGACAUGGAACAAGCCCUGGAGAAUUAUGACAUCUGCACAGAAAUGCUCCAGAGUUCCAGUGCCAUCCAGGCAGAGGCAGGAGCUGAGCAAGGGGACAUUGUCAUCCGGCUGCCCAACCUUCACAACGACUCUGUUGUUUCUCUGGAGGAAAUUGAUAAGAACCUGAAGUCUCUGGAAAGGUGCCAGUCGUUGGAGGAGAUCCAGCGGCUGUUUGAGGCAGGUGACUACAAGGCAGUGGUGCAGCUGCUCCGGCCCACCUUGUGUACCAGUGGGUUUGACCGAGCCAAACACCUGGAGUUUAUGACUUCCAUUCCUGAGAGGCCAGCCCAACUGCUUCUAUUGCAGGACUCAUUGCUCCGGUUGAAGGACCACAAACAGUGUUUUGAAUGUUCUGACGUGGCUCUGAAUGAGGCUGUCCAGCAGAUGGUGAACUCAACUGAAUCUGCAGCCAAGGAAGAGUGGGUGGCCACGGUGACCCAGUUGCUGCUAGGCAUCGAGCAGGCACUGUCAUCAGACAGCAGUGGCAGCAUCCUAAAGGAAUCUUCCUCAACCACCGGCCUUGUCCGGCUCACCAACAACCUCAUCCAGGUCAUCGACUGCAGCAUGGCUGUACAAGAGGAGCCCAAGGAGCCCUAUGUUUCCUCAGUGCUGCCCUGGAUCAUUUUGCACAGGAUUAUCUGGCAGGAAGAAGACACCUUUCGUUCCCUGUGCCACCAGCAGCAGCUCCAGAACCCGGCAGAGGAAGGGAUGUCGGAGAUGCCCAUGCUCCCAUCUUCCCUCAUGCUGCUCAACACAGCGCAUGAAUACUUGGGCAGGAGGUCCUGGUGCUGCAAUUCAGAUGGGGCGCUGCUGCGAUUCUACGUGCAAGUCCUCCAAAAGGAACUUGCUGCAUCUGCCUCUGAAGACACUCACCCCUACAAGGAGGAGCUGGAGACUGCCUUGGAGCAGUGCUUCUACUGCCUGUACAGCUUCCCCAGCAAGAAGAGCAAGGCCAGAUACCUGGAGGAACACUCGGCUCAGCAGGUGGAUCUUAUAUGGGAGGAUGCCCUGUUUAUGUUUGAGUAUUUUAAGCCCAAGACCCUUCCUGAAUUUGAUAGCUACAAGACCAGCACUGUUUCUGCUGACUUGGCUAACCUGCUGAAAAGAAUUGCUACCAUCGUGCCCCGCACAGAGAAGCCAGCCCUGAGCAUGGAGAAAGUCUCUGCCUACAUUGAGGGAACUUCCACCGAGGUGCCCUGCCUUCCAGAAGGGGCAGAUCCCACUCCCCCGGUGGUGAAUGAGCUCUACUACCUCCUGGCUGAUUAUCAUUUCAAAAACAAGGAGCAGUCUAAAGCUAUCAAGUUCUACAUGCACGAUAUUUGCAUCUGCCCCAACAGGUUCGAUUCCUGGGCAGGCAUGGCUCUGGCCCGGGCCAGCCGAAUUCAGGACAAGCUGAACUCCAAUGAACUGAAGAGCGAUGGACCCAUCUGGAAACAUGCCACACCUGUUCUGAACUGCUUCCGGAGGGCCCUCGAGAUUGACAGCUCUAAUUUGUCCUUGUGGAUUGAAUAUGGCACCAUGUCCUAUGCCUUACACUCAUUUGCUUCCCGCCAGCUGAAGCAGUGGAGAGCCGAGCUGCCUCCGGAGCUUGUACAGCAGAUGGAGGAUCGGCGCGACAGCAUGCUGGAGACAGCCAGACACUGUUUCACAUCUGCAGCCCACUGUGAAGGUGAUGGCGAUGAGGAGGAAUGGCUCAUUCACUACAUGCUGGGCAAGGUGGCUGAGAAGCAGCAGCAACCACCAGCCGUGUACCUGCUGCACUACCGGCAGGCUGGCCACUACUUGCAUGAGGAGGCUGCCCGUUACCCUAAGAAGAUCCACUACCACAACCCACCUGAGCUGGCCAUGGAAGCCCUGGAGGUGUACUUCCGGCUCCAUGCUUCCAUCCUGAAGCUCCUGGGCAAACCUGAUUCUGGGGUUGCUGCGGAGGUCCUGGUCAGCUUUAUGAAGGAGGCAGCAGAAGGACCUUUCGCCAGGGGCGAGGAGAAGAAUACACCCAAAGCUUCCGAAAAGGAGAAGGCCUGCCUGGUGGAUGAGGACUCCCACUCUUCAGCUGGGACACUGCCGGGCCCUGGAGCCUCCCUCCCCUCCUCCUCUGGCCCAGGUCUGACAUCCCCACCUUACACAGCCACUCCGAUUGACCACGAUUACGUCAAAUGUAAAAAACCCCAUCAGCAGGCGACGCCGGACGGUUUCGAAGGAAGAACGGAAGGGCCACGGGCACUGUCUGCCUCUGCCCCUGUCCUCAGAAGCCCUUGUGAAACCGACCUCAGCCAUGAUGAGAGGGCAGACCGAAGCCAGGACAGCACCGCUGUGGCCCUGUCAGACUCCAGCUCGACACAGGACUUCUUUAAUGAGCCCACAAGUUUGCUGGAGGGUUCUCGAAAGCCCUUUGCAGAGAAGAGACUAUCUGGACCCAGUGCUCCAGCAGGACCAACUGGUAAAGAUCUUCCAGGGCCCACAGAGGAAAGAGGAAAAAUUGAGGAGUCCUUGGAGAGCACAGAGGCCUUCCAGGUUGUAGAUCAAGGCAUCCAGAAGCCUGUGGCAGACUCCUCAGCCUCUGCUUACAUCCUCAGCAAGCCCCCGGUGUCCACACCUCCCUCGUGGGAUGGGAAGAAGAGGGGUGACCUCCCAGGGGAGCCAGUGGCUUUUCCCCAGGGACUCCCAGCAGGCGCUGAGGAGCAGCGCCAGUUCCUCACAGAGCAAUGCAUCUCCUCCUUCUGCCUUUGCUUGAGCCGCUUCCCACAGCACUACAAGAGUCUCUACCGCCUGGCCUUUCUCUACACCUACAGCAAGACUCACCGGAACCUCCAGUGGGCCCGUGAUGUGUUGCUAGGCAGCAGUAUCCCAUGGCAACAACUGCAGCACAUGCCGGCACAGGGGCUCUUCUGCGAGAGGAACAAGACCAAUUUCUUCAACGGCAUCUGGCGGAUCCCCGUGGAUGAGAUUGACCGGCCAGGCAGCUUUGCCUGGCACAUGAACCGCUCCAUCGUGCUGCUCCUCAAAGUUCUAGCCCAGCUCCGGGACCAUAGCACCUUGUUGAAGGUGUCUUCCAUGCUGCAGCGGACACCAGACCAGGGCAAGAAAUAUCUGCGAGAUGCUGACCGCCAGGUCCUGGCCCAGCGGGCUUUCGUUCUCACUGUGAAAGUGCUGGAGGACACACUGAGUGAGCUUGCAGAGGGGUUAGAACACCCAGGACCCAAGGGCUGUGGCCACUCCGGAGCCAGGAUGACCACUGAUGUCUCACACAAAGCCAGUCCCGAGGAUGGCCAGGAAAGCCUCCCCCAAUCCAAGAAGCUACCUCUAGCUGAUGGCUCAGGACCAGGGCCUGAGCCAGGGGGCAGAGUGGGCCCUCUCAGCCAAUUACCAGUGGUCACAGACACAAGGGACAGCACAGACCAGGGUGGGGAGCGGAAAGACAAAGAGAGUCCCCAGGCAGGGCCCACUGAACCCAUGGACACCAUUGAGGCUGGUGUUCACCACCCAGACUUGGAACAGACUUCACCUCUGCUUCCAGGGCGCCCCCCAAGGGACAGGGGCCCUGAGAGCCGGUCCGCUGAGCUUUCUCUAGAGGAACUGAGCAUCAGUACCCGACAACAACCCACUCCACUUACACCAACCCCAGCAACGCCCACCACCACUGCUACUCCCCCCACCACGGGAGCCAGGGGAGUUGGCCAUCCUGAGGAGGCACCUCCAAGGCCUAAUCGCAAAAGGAAACUCCUGGAGGAUACAGAGUCUGGCAAGACUCUCCUGCUGGAUGCCUAUCGAGUGUGGCAGCAGGGCCAGAAGGGCAUGGCCUGUGACCUGGGCCGCAUUGAGAAGAUCAUGUCGGAGACUUACAUGCUCAUCAAGCAGGUGGACGAGGAGACUGCACUGGAGCAGGCUGUGAAGUUCUGUCAGGUUCACCUUGGGGCUGCUACCCAGAGACAGGCCUCAGGGGACGCACCCACCACCCCCAAGCACCCCAAGGACAGCAGAGAGAACUUCUUCCCUGCCACAGUAGCCCCCACAGCACCUGACCCCUUGCCAGCUGAUGCCCUCCAGCGGCCCAGUGACUCCCACCUCAAGCCUCAGACUGUAUUGUCUUCUGCCACCGCUGUCAUCGGUUGCCCUCCCUCCACAUCAGCCUCUACCCCAGACCUGUCCCCAGAUCCUGGAAUUCUGCGGUCACACAGACCAGAGGCUACCACCAGCAUGGCCUCUCUGAGUCCUGGAGGAAGAGGCAUGAAGACAACGCACACAGGAGGGAUAUAAAGCAGAUAAACGGAGCUGUGCUGCUGACGGUGAGUUCAAAGAGCGGGGGCACGGGCCCACAAGGACCUCACCUGCCUCUCACCUCAGGUUGUAUCACCAUCCUCUGCUUAACCCAUGUUCUCCAUGACUUUGGAGAGUCUGAGGACUGGGGCUCCAGGCCAGUGUUGUGGGUAGAAUAUUCCUAGUUCAAGGUCUCCCAUGCAGCUGCAUUCAAGUCCAUGGCUGAUCACCUGUGUGGGAAACGGGUUCUUAGUGGGGUCUUUUCCCCUGUGGAUCUCUCACAUUUUCUCUUUGGAGGUUAGCCCCGGGGAAGAGUACCUGUUAUUUCUGGGUAUCUAUUCACCCAGAGUUACUCCCCCAAGACUAGACUAAAUGGUUUUUUACCACGGGAGCACUAUAAUGAACAUGGGGUAGGGACAGCGCUCAGCAAUAACUUGUGCCCACUCAAGCCUGGCAGAGCAUCCCAGGCACACUCACAUUCCGAGCCUGCCCCCUACUCCCGUAUCAGCAUGUGAUGUUUGUAGGGAUUUUCCAUGGACACCAGAGCUUUGUGGGGGUGAUGUUGGGACAGACCUGUCUCUUUAAGCCCACACCCUCCAUCUCUGGAACUAGUCGAGCCCUCAUGGAAAGAGAGCAUCACCAACUCCAGGUUCCUGACAGGCUAGUGUAGCCGUGUGGCUGAGUGCACUGUUUCUCUUGAUGGUAGAGUCUGCUUAGUGACAGCCAUAGUGGGGGACUUCAGUAGCAGAUGGUUAGAAAGUGGGGCUAAGUGAAGGCUGAGAUACCUGAGAGCAAGAUCUACAGGACACCCUUCCAAGGUACAUAUGGGAGAGCCGGGGGGAAGCUGCUGAGGAGACCCUGGUGGGGCUUUCCCCAAGGCAGAGGGCUCUGCCUCGCUACCAUGCCACCCCAGCUUAUCUUGCCUGCUGCUGCCUAAGUAGCCUCAGCCAGUGCCCAGCUUCACCAUCUUAAUGAAGAAGAGUCCCUUUUCCUGAAGCCAUCAUGUAAAGAGUAGAGUUAGGACAGCAUGUAGAGAAGAGUUGCCCUAAACAGUAUAGAGAUGCCAAGAUGUCGGCUUCAUGCAGGUCCUGAGUCCAGGGGAAGCCUGAGCCAUGCCCCAUGCCUCCCAGGACAAUCAUCCCCGACCUGGUGCCAGACCUGAAAUCUGUGGCAGGGAACAGGAACACUUUGCUAACAGCACCCUGUGGCCAUGCUCAGCAAGCAUCUUACUAGAAAGGAAGCCUGGGCUCCCCAUUGUCCUGAGAUGGUCCUGUGUGACUCCAUGACCAGUUCCGGUUUUUAAGUGUCUGUCCAUAUUUCAGGUGUUUGAAAAUAGAGGGAAACGAAAUUCUCGCCAGUGUUUGCUGUUACCAGUGAAGACCUUGAAUAGUAAACAGUAGAAGGGAGGGAGGACUUGGGACAGUCCACCACCUGGGGCUGCUGUCUGCAGGGCUGGAAGAGCAAGGCACCUGACAGCUGGGCACACUAAGCAGCCUUCAUCCAUCCUGGCAUGAGGGGAAGCCUUACCCAAAGUGUGCCUGAGCCCACCUCAGGGAAGUCAGGCCUAUUGACCCAUAUCAUCUAGAAACUUGGAUACUCUGGUUUGGUUUUGACUUUUUGGGCAGGGUCUCGGUGGUCCAGGCUGGCCUCUAGCUUGCCACAGGCCUUCUUGUCUCCAUCCACCGAGUGCUGAAAUCGAGUGCAUGGGCCUUCAGACCCCCACCUGUGCUACUCAGGGAACCCCUGCUCCCUAUGGAUGGAUAUGACAUUGGGUCAGGACCCAGGGAAGGCAGCUUGGUGGCCUUCCCUUGCACAUGGGAGGUGGUGCUGGGAACACUGCAAGAGAAUCCUGAGCUGCUCCAUGCUGCCAGCCAUUGUUUGCCUGUGACCUAAACUGCCAGCCAUUGAAGACAGGAGAGGGAAUGGUUCGGGUCAGGUAAGAUAUGGCCUUCUUCAAGCUGGAUGUGGUGGUAUAGCCCUUCCUCAGGAGGCUGAAACUGAAUAAUCCCAUGGACCUCUCCUGGGCUCCAUAGCAAGAGCUCCUCUUUAAAUAAGAAAGAGAUGGGAAAGAGGAGACCUGGACCCUGGAACAGCUCUGUGGAGACUUGGGCGGGACAGUUCUGUGGCACUCAGGCCCUUGCCUCUUCCCGAGGAAGGGGGUGGCCGAUGUCCUGGCAGAAGCCUGGGCGGCAGAGUGAGAGCUGGGCAGACAGUGUACCUGAGUGAGCGGAAGGAGAGAGCCACCUGCAAGACCACUGUGAACUUGAAGGAGGUGGGGGGCAGAUCCUAGCUGAUAAUACAGGUACACAGUUGUCCCUUAAUGCCAUCCAGGCUCUGGCACACUUGACCAAUGCCAGACUCGUGCCUUGUGCCAGACAAGGAGGGAUUCGGUCCAGCAGGAAGACAUGGCGCCCUCGUGUUCUCUGUCUACCUUGGUCUUAGCUGGUGGUUUUGACUCUGGUUGUGAUUCCUAUUCCUAUGAGCCACAUGAGGGAUUAGGUUCCUCACAUAUAAACCCACCCCUGACAGCCUGUGGUAAUAUCUUACUAGAUGCAAGAGGUGAGUCCCUGUGGGCAGAGACAGGGCACAGACAUAGUGUGUGUGUCUGUCUGUCUGUCUCUCUCUCUGUCUCUCUCUCGCCACUCUACCAGUCAAGGCUCCUCAAGAUCUCUUAGCCAGGUUUUCCAAAGACUGUCACUCAGGAUGGAAGGACAUGGUGCCAGACUGUAAAGAUUAGUCACGGCUCUGAUUGUAUCAAGCACAGUUGCUAGCUUGGCAAGACACACACUGUGUCUAAAUGAGGUGUGAUAGAUAUCUUGAAAUUACCUGCCUCUGCCUUCAUUUCAUGCAGCUAUCCCAAAAGAAUACUUGCUGGUCCCUGUGGGGAUGGAGAGCCACCUUAUUCCAGUGUCCCCAUAUUGGCCACAUUUCCCUGUUACAUGUCCUAAGGCAUGGUCUGUCACAGAAAUGUGGGGAUCUGGGAAGAGGGACUUGUCCCAUGGAAUGGGGUUGUUACCUGCAGUUGGUCUGUG